CUGAAACAGCAUCACGGCUGCCGCUGCUCAUGGAGACCCGCUCUGCCCUCCACCUCCACAGGAACAACGACUUUGAGGAGUUCCAUUAAAAAAAAAUAAAAAGCGGCCGCAGACAUGAAGUUUUAUGGAGGCGGAGCCGCGCUGCUGCUGCUGCUGCUCGGCCGCUGCUGCUGCACCAGUCCCGGCAGGAGAGUGUGUCAGGGAAUGAGUAACCAGCUGACCUUGUUGGGAACUAAGGAAAACCACUAUGAGAACAUGGUGAGAAUGUACUCCAACUGCUCCAUGGUCCUGGAAAACCUGGAAAUCACCUACACCCUGGAGCACCAGGACCUGUCUUUCCUCCAGUCCAUCCAGGAAGUUGGCGGCUACGUUCUGAUCGCCAUGAACGAGGCUGAAACCAUGCCAUUGGUCAAUCUGAGGCUGAUCCGAGGCCAGAACCUCUACGAAGGCCAGUUCGCUCUGCUGGUGAUGUCCAACUACAACAGGAACCACUCGUCUGCGACUCUCAACUACACGGGCGGCCUGAGACAGCUGCAGCUCAGCAGUCUGACGGAGAUCCUGAAAGGAGGGGUAAAGAUGACCCACAAUCCACUGCUGUGUAACACUGAGACCAUCCAGUGGUGGGACAUCCUGGACAAAGCCACCAAUCCCAGCAUGCUUUUGAAGAUGGACACCGUCGCACGUAAAUGUGAGAAGUGUGAUGCCGGGUGUGUCAACGGUUCGUGUUGGGCAGCAGGACCGGAUCACUGCCAGAGAUUCACCAAGUUGCAGUGUGCGGAGCAGUGCAGCAGAAGGUGUCGGGGUCCAAAACCCAUCGACUGCUGUAAUGAGCACUGUGCGGCCGGCUGCUCUGGACCUCGAGCUACAGACUGCCUGGCCUGCAGGGAUUUUAAUGACGAUGGAACCUGUAAAGACACCUGUCCUUCUCAGACACGCUACGACUCCAAAACCUACCAAGUGGUCAACAACCCCGACGCCAAGUUCACCUUUGGGGCAACAUGCGUCAAGGCCUGCCCACAUAACUAUGUGGUGACUGACGGAUCAUGUGUUCGCACCUGCAGCGCUGGAUGGUACGAGGUGGAGGAGAACGGAGUCCAACGCUGCAAAGUAUGCGAAGGACCCUGUCCUAAAGUCUGUGACGGAGUCGGGGUUGGCACUCUGGUCAGCACCAUGGCCGUUAACGCCUCCAACAUCGAAUCCUUCAGGAACUGCACUAAGAUCAACGGGGAUGUCUCCCUCAUUGAAACCUCCUUUACUGGGGACGCGCACUAUAAAAUCCCGCCCAUGGACCCGGCUAAACUGGAGUACUUCAGGACAGUACAGGAAAUCACAGGUUUUUUGCUGAUCCAGUCCUGGCCGGAGAAUCUGACCUCUCUGUCAGUGUUUGAGAACCUGGAGAUCAUCAGAGGAAGAACAACACGCUUGCAGCACAGUUUGGUGGUGGUGAACACGAAACACCUCUCCUGGCUGGGUCUGCGCUCUUUGAAAGAGGUGAGUGCUGGACGGGUAAUGAUGAAGGGCAACUCUCAGCUCUGCUACACCGGACCUGAACAGUGGACCCGCCUCUUCAGAUCCAACGACCAGACCAUCAGCAUACUCAACAACGCCCCCCCUGCAGUCUGCGAACAACAGAAUCGAACCUGUGACACGGAGUGUACAGAUGAGGGCUGCUGGGGUCCAGGUCCCACCAUGUGCAUCUCCUGUCGGCAUUUCAACCGUAGGGGACGCUGUGUGCCGUUCUGUAACCUGCUGCAGGGCGAGCCCAGAGAGGUCGAGCUGAACAGCAGCUGUGUGGAGUGUCACCCAGAGUGUCUGCUGAAGACCGGGAUCCCGACCUGCCACGGACCGGGUCCAGACCAGUGUUCCCAGUGCGCCCAUUUUAAAGAUGGCCCCCACUGUGUGCCGCGCUGCCCCCACGGUGUGCUGGGAGACGGAGACACGCUGAUCUGGAAAUACCCGAACAGGGAAGCCGAGUGUCAGAACUGCCACCAGAACUGCACACAGGGGUGUUCAGGUCCUGGACUGUCUGGAUGCACAGGUGCUGCCACCCACUCCACGUUGGCGGUGGCCGUGGUUGGUGGGCUCUUGAUCGCCGUCAUCAUCUCAUUGGUUAUCUUUGUGUUGGUACGGCGACGACGAAUCAGGAGGAAGAGGACUCUGCGUCGCCUGCUGCAGGAGAGAGAGCUGGUGGAGCCGCUGACCCCGAGCGGUGAAGCUCCUAACCAGGCGCUGCUGAGGAUCCUGAAGGAGACGGAGUUCAAGAAAAUCAGGGUGCUGGGCUCCGGGGCCUUUGGGACCGUCUUCAAGGGUCUGUGGAUCCCUGAAGGAGAGAAUGUGAGGAUCCCAGUGGCCAUCAAAGUUCUCAGGGAGGCCACGUCACCUAAAGCCAACAAAGAAAUCCUGGAUGAGGCGUAUGUGAUGGCGAGCGUGGAUCACCCUCAUGUGUGUCGUCUGCUGGGGAUCUGCCUCACGUCGUCGGUCCAGCUGGUGACUCAGCUGAUGCAGUACGGCUGCUUGCUGGACUACGUCCGACUCCACAGGGACCACAUUGGGGCUCAGUGGCUGCUGAACUGGUGUGUCCAGAUCGCCAAGGGGAUGAACUACCUGGAGGAGCGUCACCUGGUGCAUCGAGACCUGGCGGCGAGGAACGUCCUGGUCAAAACUCCUAACCACGUCAAGAUCACCGACUUUGGCCUCGCCAAGCUGCUGACGGCUGACGAGAAAGAAUACCAUGCUGACGGAGGAAAGGUUCCCAUUAAGUGGAUGUCCUUGGAGUCGAUCCUCCAGUGGACCUACACACAUCAGAGUGAUGUCUGGAGCUACGGUGUGACGGUGUGGGAGCUGAUGACGUUCGGUUCCAAGCCAUACGACGGCAUCCCGGCCAGUGAGAUCGCCUCUGUGUUGGAGAGAGGGGAUCGGCUGCCCCAGCCCCCCAUCUGCACCAUCGAAGUCUACAUGAUCAUGGUCAAAUGUUGGAUGAUCGACCCGUCCAGUCGUCCCACGUUCAGAGAGCUGAUAGCAGAGUUCUCAAAAAUGGCCAGAGAUCCAUCCAGAUACCUGGUCAUACAGGGUGACCUCCCCAGUCCGUCAGACAGCAGGUUUUACUCUCGCCUGCUGAGCUCAGACGACAUGGAUGAUGUGGUCGAUGCCGAUGAAUACCUGCUACCGUACAAAGGAAUGGGUGACCAUGGCAACCAUCCCUGCAAUGCUACGAACGGUCGUCCAGUCAGAGAGAACAGCAUCGCUCUGCGUUACAUCUCUGAUCCGACUAACAACUCGCUGGAUACAGAAGACUUUGCCGGACACGAGUACAUGAACCAGAGCCUGAGUGGAACCAGCAGGAGCAGCAGGCUGUCAGAUGUUUUGAAUCCCAACUAUGAGGACCUAAGCCAGGGCUGGGGUGCCGCCUCACUCCCCUCCCCGCUGGAGGAUCUGAAUCCCUCCUUCCGAAUACCUAAGGGACCCGAAUACCUGAACACCACCCAAAGCUCAGUGCCCCUGGCUGCCAGCGACAGCCUCGACAACCCGGACUACCAGGCCGACUUCCGGCCUCAGGUCACACCCUUGACCUCUUUAACAGGAAACGGUCUGUUCCUCCCGGCGGCGGAGAACCUUGAGUACCUGGGUCUGGGUGCUGCACUGCAUGCCCCCGUCCGCUAGGGGGCAGCAACAUUCUAUCAGUUCAAACUGAAACUGUGAGGUUUUGUGGAAACAAAAUGUUGCCUACUUUGACUACUGACAGUAUUUAAUUAAACUGUUUUUAUUGUAAAGUUUCCCAGGAAAUGCUGCAUCAUCUGCAACACUGGAACACAACCUACACACUGAUUGAUGCUCAGUGGCACUCAGGCAGCAAUUAGUGAGGAGGAGAUCCAGACUUUCUCCAGGGACCAACCUUUCUGACGUUUCCUGGAACUUGUAAAUGGCUUUCUUAACUUUUUUGACGUCACCAACAUGUGACAACACCAUGAAAACCAAACUGCCAGGAGGCAUUGAAACAAUAAAAGCACAUAAACUCUUCAGUUUCAACAGAACGAUGAUUCUUGGUUGUAACUGUGGGAGUGAAGCUGCAGGAGGACAUUAGUAGCCCGAUGGAUUUAAUUUUGUCUUCCACUUCAUCGGUCCUUGUCAGCAGUUGCAUGAAUUUUUUAAAAAAGAACCGUCGGGUUCACAAAGACACUGCAGAGGAGAGGAUUGUAUUUUAUUUUUCAGCAGAUGCUUCAAAUAAAGUUUUCGGUUUGACACCAGACAUCACAGUUCUCUUGAAGCUGAAACAUUUUGAAAGUUUCUGCUCAGCUUGGUUUAGUGUAAUUUGGAUCCUUGAUAACUGAUACACAGGGACGGCCGGAGUUUGUGGUUUGUUGUGUACAUAGACGAAAGGAGGCGAGUUUCUGUCCUCUGUCAAGAGACUCUUUGAAUGCACUCUGGAAUAAUGGUGUAAAAUUUUACUUUUGUGUUCACACGGUGAAUUACUAAAUUCCUACUUGAACCAGGAGAGCUUGUUCACAAAAAAGUCAGAUCUUAUCAAAACAAGUUAUGGUUUGAAUUGAAGCAGUUAAGCUUAGACUUCUUGUUUCACAUGUGUACCAACUUUGAUGAGUUUUCACUGAAGUGUUUUAUUCUCCCUUUACUUGACAAGAAUGAGCCAAACUCUGAUUUACUGUUACUGCUUGUUACUGUCUGUCACUGCUGUUAGUGGGAAUGUACGGAAGCUGAGAGACUGGUUGAUGAUUAUUUUUCAGGUUCAUCUCAAGAGAACAAAUGUUCCAGUUUUAAGGAUGAGAGAGCCUCCGUUCUGAUGAAGACAUUCUUUAUGUUGAAACAUUAGUUGCUGCACUUCCUUCCAACUGUUUUCUUCUCAUUCAGCGCAAAUACAGGUGCUCUCAUAAAAUUAGAAUAUCGUCCGUCAUUUUAUUCAAAAAGUUGAACUUCCAUAUAUUCUACAUUCAUUACACAUAAAGUGAAAUAUUUCAGGCCUUUUUAGUUUUAAUCUUUAUGAUUACGGCUUACAGCUCGUGGAAAUCAAGAAUCCAUAUCUCAAAUUAUUAGAAUAUUAAAAUAAUUAAUGUGUAAUAGAGGUAACUGCACAAUUGAAAUACAGCGCUUUUGUCCAUUCUUUACACUACAGUGUGUGUUCAAUUAAUAAAUUCGUGCUUCAAAAAUUCCACAAGCAUAACAAGCUCUGUGUUUAAGGACGGAUUGCCAUGAAUCGUGUAUAUAUUUAUAUACACGGCUAAUAUUCAUGGAAACGGAGAUAACAGAGAAAACAUCUCGACACCAGACUCGAGUACUACAGCUCUGAACUUUGCAGAUAAAAAUAAUUCUUAAUUCUGACUUCGUGAAAUAAUUAAAUUCUUAUCUUAACAUAACACUGAUGAAAAAACUCUCCAAAAACAACUUUAUCUACUUGAGAAGAUGAGCUGAAUAAGUUUUGAUGUCGAGAUAAUGAACCUAAAAAAUUUUAUCAUCAACCAUGACAGCACUCAGCUUCCAUAGAAACUGACACUGAGGAAUCCGGUUGAAUGUCUGUAAAUUUUGUUUCAUUGUGCAGCAAUUAAACUUUUGUGGUUAAAUGUGAAAUUAGUUGUGAAGCCACAGUUUGAAAAAGCUUUGUUGUUUACAGGGUACAGCUAACCUGCUGACAAGGCCACCACUUUGCUGUUGAAACAUUAAAAUUUCUGUUUUGUUUGUCAUUGGAUAAAGCUGAGUAUCUGCGUGAUAA